CUGCAGACCAACUUACGUCACCCUGCGCACCUAUACCGAGCACCAGUCCUACCUGUUGUGUGGCGGUCAUCAGGAUGCACGUUAGAGAGCCGGCAAAACUACCACUCUACCAUGUCGACCAACAGAACCUCCGUUGCUAAGACGAGAGUGUCAGCGCCCAGUACCCCUAGACUGGAACAGAACAUGGGGCCGGAACCAGGUCUCAAGGCAACUGAAUCUUUGCAAUGGCCGUAUAUACGGCGGAGGAGAAGCAGCUCAGCGCUGCUUGGAAUAGCCGCUGCCCGUUGAAGCCCGGAGUAUACAAUGCCAGCCUUUCCGUGUGUGCGCCCGACGGAAUAACAGCUAGGACAUGCGCUGGAUGACGGACAACUCGAUUGUCCAGGCAGAGGAAGUCACUAUAAAAAAUGCCAGACUGGGACACCUGGUGAGAAUCGACGUCAAAUCUCGCGUCUACAAAACAACAACACUCGAGCCCGUGGCCGAGAUAUCAGUCGCCACUUCGAGCGGGACGCCACUUCCAUGCGUCUACAGUGCCAUACCAAAGCAACUCAAAACAUGCGGUGGCGAUACUCUGGCAGAAAAGAUUCUAACCUCAGAGUGGGGCAAUCAAUGCCCGGUCGAACCUGGCUUGUACACUGCCCACAUCGCGUUCAAGCUUCCUGACAGCCCUGAGGCAAGGUCGUGUGUAGGAGAUGGCCACCUCGUUGUCACCGUCAAGUUGGUAGACGAGGACCAAAUUCUGGAGUGUGCGUCAUUUCCAAUCACUAUUGCUCUCGACUAGAGAAGACUUAUCCGCAGUAAUAAAAUGUCGUGAUACGGCUUUGAAUAUUUACUCACUUAAUAUCUCUGUUCAGCGUUAGCAGUAUUCGCAU